UCUGUCCCCGCGCCUUUGCGUCGCGGCACCUCAGGGCGUCCUGGGGCCUCAGUCUGCGCCCCGCGGGGCCCGGGUGAUCUAAAAUCGGCCUGAUGUGCCUGGGAACCUGAUCCAUAUUCCACUAAAGCCGGAUGCAUCGUAUCCCCAGUUCAACCUCCCUUAGCGGGAUCCCCAAAAUAACGCCUCGGGACACGAGGCUCUGGGGAGGUGGGAGUGGCGGGAGACGGCAGACCUCCCCGAUUGCUCUUGGAGGGUCUCACCUUUGCAAAUUGCUGCUGAAGCAUCUGACCUCAUGGACACCUUGCGGCGGGGGCGGGGGUUGGAAAAGCAGCCGGGGUGAGGGGCUCGAAGCCGAAGGUGCGCGUGAGCGUGGUCGCGGCCCUGCCAGUGGGUUUCCCACGUGGGCCCUGCCCCUCUGCGGCCCGGCGGGGGUGGGCAGGGGACCUCGCAGCGAGAAGCUGCCAGGAGAAUACUUCAGGUACAAGGGUAUCCCCUUCCCCGUCGGCCUCUACUCCUCCGAGAGCAUCAGCAUCGCGGAGAACGCCUGUGAUGUGCGGGACGACGACAUCUUCAUCGUCACCUACCCCAAGUCAGGCACCACCUGGAUGAUCGAGAUCCUCAGCCUGAUCCUGCGGGACGGGGAUGCCUCCUGGGUCCGCUCGGUGCCCAUCUGGGAGCGGGCGCCCUGGUGCGAGACCAUCAUGGGCGCCUUCAGCCUCCCGGACCAGUCCAGCCCCCGCCUCAUGAGCUCCCACCUCCCCAUCCAGCUCUUCACCAAGGCCUUCUUCAGCUCCAAGGCCAAGGUGAUCUACCUGAGCCGGAACCCCCGGGACGUGGUGGUGUCCCUCUACCAUUACUCCAAGAUUGCCGGGCAGCUGAAGGACCCCGGCACACCCGACCAGUUCCUGUGGGACUUCCUCAAUGGGGAAGUGCAGUUCGGCUCCUGGUUCGACCACAUUAAGGGCUGGAUUCGGAUGCAGGGCAAAGAGAACUUCCUGUUCAUCACCUAUGAGGAGCUGCAGCAGGACCUCCGCGGCUCCGUGCAGCGCGUCUGCGAGUUCCUGGGCCGGUCGCUGGGCGAGGAGGCACUGGACUCAGUCGUGGCUCACUCUGCCUUUGGGGCCAUGAAGGCCAACACCAUGUCCAACUACACGCUGCUGCCCUCCAGCCUGCUGGACCACAGCCACGGAGCCUUCCUCCGGAAAGGGGUCUCUGGCGACUGGAAGAACCACUUCACCGUGGCGCAGAGCGAGGCCUUCGACCGUGUCUACCGCGAGCGAGUUCAGGGGCUGCCGGCCUUCCCCUGGGACGAGGCCCCGGAGGGCACCAGCCCCAGCCCUGACCCCGACCAGGACCCUGAGACCCCCCACCCGUGACCCUGAAAAUAAACACAUGGCUCCUA